GCUCAUGAGGUCAUGGUGGAGCCGGUUGAAUGGGCGUAUGAGAACUUGGAGACAGCAACUAAGGGGCAGCUUUCUUCAAUGGCUGACUACCUAGCCAGAAAGGGACUUAUCUACAGCAUACGGGAGUUUGACCUGGUCAUUAAUCUGCCAAUGCGUGGUGGAGGUGCGCGACGUGUGUCCUCCUUUGUGACCCAGGGAUAUCGUACCCGUCGUAUGGCUGUGGACUUCUCUGUCCCCCUUGUCACUGAUGUCAAGUGCGCCAAGUUAUUGGUCGAGGCUUUGCGUCUGAUUGGAGGAGCACCUGACAUCAAGACUCACGUUGAUUGUGUCACAUCUCGCAGGAUUGUCAAGCUUCCAGGACUCAUUGACAUUCACGUGCAUGUCAGAGAACCAGGUGCUACUCAUAAGGAGGACUGGACAUCUUGUACAGCUGCAGCCCUUGCUGGCGGAGUGACCCUUAUUUGUGCCAUGCCCAACACUCAACCUCCAGUGACAGAUGUGGCUGCUUUCUCAUUCACUAAGGAGCUUGCAAGUAGAGGUGCCAGGUGUGACUAUGCAAUCUUUGUGGGAGCAUCAUGUGACAAUCACUCCUCUGUGGCCGAGUUGGCCCCGCGAGCAGCAGCACUCAAGAUGUACCUCAAUGAAACCUUCUCAUCACUUACUCUAGAUGAUACAACAACAUGGCUAAAGUUAAAGUUCCGAAAUGUGCGCCUUUUUGCGGCAUUGUUUGAAUGCCCAGCGUGGGUUAUCAGGUUCCAGCGUGACUAUUUGCCUGUUAUGCCACACGCUUGGCCACAGGGAAGCUUCCUGAAUGUCAUUCAGUCCCCCUACAGCCCAGAUUUGGCUCCCUUCGACUUCUGGCUUUUCUCAAAGCUAAAAUCGCUGUUGAAAGGGAGGAGAUUUCAGACCGUGGACGAGAUUAAGGAGAAUGUGACGAGGCAGCUGAUGAAGAUCCCGAAAGAGGACUUUGCAGACUGUUUUGAAAAGUGGAAGGGACGCUGGGAGAAGUGUGUGAGGUUCCAAGGGGGGUACUUUGAAGGGGACUAA